UCUAGGGGAGUAUAUGGUCGAUGAAAAAACUUCGAUUUGUUGACUUAUUGCCAUCUUAUCAGGCCGUUUGGUGCCUGUCAGCUGCUACAGUGACAGUGCUGUUCAUGAAUGAGAGUAAAUCUGACAACACCACAUACACACACGCAAAGAGCGGCUCAGGGGCAUGUUGAAACUCAAGAGGCUUAUAUGAAAUCUGACACAAAAUGUUUCACAUGAAAAUAAACAUAAUUAGGAAGAAGGCAUUUUCUAUUUAGCCCAGCACCAGAGUGGAUUUGGUAAAAGAAACGAACCCACAGCACACUCCAGCUGUAGCUUCUCCCUCCUGUGAGUCGUUUGUGUCUCUACAUUAUUGAUUCCCAGAGGCUGCUGCUGCUGGCCAAUAGGCUCCUGAGACAGUUUUUUUUCUUCAAAGGGAUGGGAGCAGAUGAAGUGAUGAGAUUCGUGUAACUUUUGGAUGACCCCUUCUUGACAAAGACUGUCUCCAUCAAUUGUCCCCAGUCAUUAUUCGCUGCUUUUAUGCCAUGGGGCUUUUUGUAUCUUUUGUUGGUUUCUCUGUUGAACACCAUGCCUUCUAGUAAGACCUUAGAAACUGAAAUAUUUUAAUAUCUGCAAGAAUAAAACAUCUCCAUGCACAGUCAGCGCGACCUUUUUUUUUUUUUAAAAAUGGGUUUUAUAAUUUUAAAGUUAAAUAUUGAAUAAGGCUUUGGAGCCAUGUUCAUUUCUAUUAUUUUUCCAGCAUGCCCUUUUAUAAUCCAAAUGUGCACGCAGAUCUGUCAUGACAAUAUUUGUGUUUUUUUUCCACCAGGGUCUAAUUUUGUUUUAUCUCAAGUUAGAUGAAAUUGCUUUUAGUUGUAUGUUUACCCGUUUAUGGACCAGCGUCACCUCUAUUGGCCGAUCUGGUCACAUGGUUCGCUAACUUUAUUCAGUUGACACCAAGUAGGAGGGCUUUAUGGAGGGAGGAAAAAAAGACAACUCGAGAAAAAUUAGUAUUUUCUACCUUCAGAAAUUAAUGGCCAUGAGUUCGUAUAUGGUGAACUCUAAGUAUGUGGAUCCCAAAUUUCCUCCCUGCGAGGAAUAUUCGCAAAAUAACUAUAUACCUGAGCAGGGCUCGGACUACUACAGUACUACAUCGCAGGACACAGACUUUCAGCAUCCAGGGAUCUACCCACGGUCAAACUACACGGAGCAGCCCUUCAGCUGCAACACUGUGCAGGACUCCACAGCACAGCCACGGGGUCAUGUGCAGGAGAGAUCCGGCCACUCGAGUCCCUUUAGCGCAGAGACUGAGCAGGGGGCCCCGGUCCAAGUGGCCGGACCCCGGACUUGUGGACAGCAGCAAAACACAAAGAGCCAAAAUGGGAUACAAGCCAAGCAGCCUGCAGUAGUUUACCCCUGGAUGAAGAAAGUCCACGUAACUACUGUGAACCCGGAUUACACAGGACCUGAGCCCAAACGGUCCCGAACAGCUUACACCCGGCAGCAGGUUUUGGAGCUUGAAAAGGAGUUCCAUUUUAACAGGUAUCUGACCAGGCGGCGACGGAUUGAGAUAGCUCAUACCCUUUGUCUCUCCGAAAGGCAGAUCAAAAUCUGGUUUCAAAACAGACGGAUGAAAUGGAAGAAAGAUCACAAACUACCCAACACCAAGGGCAGAUCUGCACCAGCCUCCAGCCAUCUGCAAAGCAUUCAGAAGGAUAACCAGACUGAUAUCACAUCAUUAUAAGAGAGGAAGGUGUGUCACACCUUUUUUUUUUUAGAAAUAAACUGUACAUAAAAAAAGACAGAGGUUGCAUCUGACUUUUGCAUGGACUGAUGUCGUUUUUUUGUUUUUUUUUUAUUUAACAAAAAUGACCCCAGCAGUGUUGACUCAAGACUGAGUCAGAAAAAUCAAUCAGUCUUGAGGUUUGAGAGGUUUUCAAAGUUGAGCCUCUUUCUUGUUUUAAUUUCCUCAAAGAGAGACUCAAAACCAUCGAAACAAACUUUAUUUUUUUAUUUUAUUUUAUUUUUUUUUGGACGUCCCCCCCCGAGGACAUUUAAUGAACAACCUCGGCUGAUUUCGUGGAUUUAAACAAAGUGUUACUGCUCUUCUCACGUGGAUUCACGCUGGUUGAAAGAUUUAAUUGCUUCAUUCAGAACAGGGAAGUCCUUUCGUUCAAAUUACACACACACACACACACACACACACACACACACACACUCACUCACACACAGAGACAGAGGUUAUUUCAGUUUUUCUCCCAUUGAAACUUCACAUUAAACGCACAAUAUAUAUUAUAUAUACUUGAAGGAAACCUUAUUUCCACAGAGCACGCCUAACACAACCUACUUUCGUAAACUGCAAAAAUCCCGUGAAUCUUUCAGAUCUUUGUGACUAGUAUGUUUUAACUUAUUUUGUACAAUAAAGCUUUGAAAUUUUCUUAGCCUAAAUAUUAUUCCCAAAAGCAAGACAUUCCUGUGUGCAUACUAUUCUGAGUGCCCUUAUAAAUCUCUCCUGACAUCUGUGUAAACAGUGUACAUUUUCAGAGGCUCUUUCGUGCCAUUUGAAACUCUAAUAUGAAAGAUCAUUUGUUCCUGCAUGGCAUCGAAUUGAUAUUGGAUGUUUCUCAUCAGAAAUAAUCAAAUCCAGAAUAUUUAGGAGUAUAAUUGUUUUUUUCAUAUGAUUUUUUACGCCAUUAUUUAUUUGUUUAAAAAAAUAAACAACUUGUAAAUUUUCGUAUAGCACACAUACAAUUUUAAUUAAAAGUAUUCGUUAAACUUUUAUUAAUCUAAAAUAUGUUUGAACUCUUGUGCAUUAUUAGCAUGGCUUUAUGCAAAAGUUUUAGUCUUAGUUAACAUGGGAAUCUUUAGAGUUUUUCAUUUACACCGAGCUAACCGAGGGGGGCUUUCACGUCACGUUUCAAGACAGAUAUUUCUUGUUUUGUACCGUCAUUGUCUUCGGACAAAAAAAAAAGCCCAGAAGCUCUCCCAGUAUACGAGGAGGUCUUCUUUUCUGAAGUCUUCACGAUGAGAGAGUUGAAAAGGUAUUUCAACCGAAGGUCGACAAAGCAGCAGUGGCAGGUUCAUCCAGGGGACACAUUUCAGCCGCAAGGACUGACCCCAACACCCCCUGACCCGCCGGACAGGCAGCAUUUUCUCUCCCAGGCGCUGUUCGCUUUGGUUUGGAGCGCUUUACCACACUUAAAAAAAGCCAAAGCAUUCAAAGCAAGAGUCAGUGUGUGAAUUCCAUAGUUUUACACGUGUUUUAAUAGUAUUUAUAUCAGGCGAAGCCCCCAAAAGGUUCUGAUUUGUGCAUUUGUCUCCUCAUGUCAAUAUGCAAUCUUUUUGGUUUUAUUUUUGUACAUGCUUUUUACCUUGUAUUGUGCAUUGAGAUUGCGAGAAGUAUAUUGGAAAAAAUAAAGAUUUCUACUGAUUAUGCAUUUA